AUGAGCAGUGUUUCUCGGCUGGACUUGGAUCAAGCUUAUCAGCAACUCUGUGUCGAUGAGGACACCGCCAUGCUGCAGACCGUGACAACUCACAAGGGCCUGUUCAAGGUGACGCGAUUGCAGUUUGGUGUGGCAGUCGCCGUAGCCAUCUUUCAACGUUAUAUGGAAGGACUAUUGAACGGACUGGAAGGGGUUCAGUGCUUUCUGGAUGACAUCCUAAUUGGCGGAAGAACAGUUGCUGAGCAUGACGAACGGCUGCGCAGAGUUCUGCAGCGUAUCCAAGACGACGGGUUUCGCCUCAACGCCGAGAAGUGUGCAUCCAGGGACAAGGAAGUGACGUACCUGGGGUACCGUGUCAACAAGGACGGAGUAAGUCCUUUGCGUGAAAAAGUGGAAGCCAUCAAGCAAGCUCCGGAACCGAAGAACAAGAAGGAGCCGCAGUCGUUCUUGGGAGCCUUCAGUAUUUAUGGCCGUUUCUUGAAAGGAGCAUCACAUGUGUUGGAACCACUUCACCGCCUCCUGGACAAGGACAAGGAAUGGAGUUGGACCGAGACGGAAGCGAAGGCAUACCAAGAUGCCAAGAGCCUGCUGUAA